AUGAUUGCACAUGGACUGUGUAGUAGAGUGCUGAAGGACUCACCAAGGUGUUUCUGUAUUCAGGUGGUAACCUACCUGGCAGGCUGUGGGCUGCAGAGCUGUGUCAUGCUCCUGGCUAAAGGAUAUCCUGACAUUGGCUGGAACCCCAUAGAGGGAGAGAGAUACCUGUCCUUCCUCCGCUUCGCUGUCUUCAGCAACGGUGAGAGUGUAGAGGAGAACUCUAACACGGUGGUGAAGCUGCUGAUCAGGCGUCCGGAGUGUUUUGGUCCCGCCCUGAGGGGAGAGGGGGGCAACGGCCUGCUGGCGGCCAUGCUGGAAGCCAUUAAGAUUUCUGAGGACCCUGCUCUGGACCUGCCCUCUACAGCCGAUGGAGAACCUUCUGGGUCUGGUGAGGAUGAGGAGGAAGAGGUUGCCCACACAGGAAACGCCAUCAUGUCCUUUUACUCUGCCCUUAUUGACCUGCUGGGACGCUGCGCCCCUGAGAUGCACUUGAUCAACAAGGGUAAAGGCGAGGCAUUGCGUAUCCGGGCCAUCCUGCGCUCCCUGGUUCCUACCACAGACCUGGUGGGCAUCAUCAGUAUACCACUCAAGAUGCCCAUCGUCAAUAAAGACGGUAGUGUGACAGAGCCAGACAUGUCGGCUAGUUUCUGUCCGGACCACAAGGCCCCCAUGGUGUUGUUUCUGGACCGUGUGUACGGCGUGGAGGACCAAAGCUUCCUGCUACACCUGUUGGAGGUGGGCUUCCUGCCUGACCUCCGCGCCUCCGCCUCCCUGGACACGGAUGUGUUAAGCACCACAGAGACCGCUCUAGCCAUGAACAGGUACAUCGGUUCGGCCCUGCUUCCCCUGCUGACUAGGUGUGCUGACCAGUUCUCGGGUACGGAGCACUACGCGGCACUCAUUGACUCUACGCUCCACACUAUCUAUCGGCUGUCCAAGGGACGCUCCCUCACCAAGGCCCAAAGAGACUCUAUCGAGGAGUGUUUGCUCGCCAUCUGCAAACACCUGCGUCCCUCCAUGAUGCAGCAGCUGCUGAGACGUCUGAUGUUUGAUGUUCCCUUGUUGACAGAGUACUGCAAGAUGCCACUCAGGCUGCUGACUGAACACUAUGAGCAGAGCUGGAAGUACUACUGUCUUCCCUCAGGGCUGGGGAGCUCCGGCAUGGCCUCAGAGGAAGAACUGCUGCUCACCAAGAAACUCUUUUGGGGAAUAUUCGACUCGCUCUCAACAAAGAAGUUUGACUCUGACCUGUUCAAGACUGCCAUGGCCUGUCUGAGUGCCAUUGCUGGGGCAUUACCACCUGACUAUAUGGAUGCCAGCCCCGGUGUCACCCUGGAGAAGCAGUUAUCAGUGGACGCACACGGCAACUUCGACCCCAAACCCAUCAACACUGCCAAUAUGUCCCUUCCAGAGAAACUGGACUACAUCGCCAACAAGUUUGCAGAGCAUUCGCACGUCAAAUGGUCCUCAGAGAAGGUGACAGCGGGAUGGAAAAUGGGAGAGUGCGUAGAUGAUGAUGCCAAAACUCACCCUCUGCUGAAGCCUUACAAGUCACUGAGUGAGAAGGAGAGGGAGACGUACCGCUGGCCAGUGAAGGAGUCUCUAAAGAGUAUGUUAGCUAUGGGCUGGAACAUGGAGAGGACCAAAGAGGGAGAGGCCAUGUUCAUCGAGAAACAAAGCAAGAUCUCAGAGUCCACUCAGGUAGAUAACGAUAACGAAUUCAUCCCGGAACCACCAUUGGAUCUGAACAAUAUUACUCUAUCCAGAGAGUUGCAGGGGAUGGUGGAGGUCGUAGCAGAGAACUACCACAACAUCUGGGCCAAGAAGAAGAAAGCUGAGCUGAACAGUAAAGGAGGAGGGAACCACCCAUUGCUGGUGCCCUAUGACACUCUGACAGCCAAGGAGAAAUACAGAGACAGAGAGAAGGUCCAGGAUCUCUUUAAAUUUCUUCAGAUCAAUGGAUACACUAUCACCAGAGGCCUGAAGGACAUGGAGCAAGACUCAUCGUCCAUGGAGAAGAGGUUUGCUUACACAUUCCUCCAGAGGUUGCUGAAGAAUGUGGACUCGGCUCAGGAGUUCAUCGCCCACCUAGAGGCCAUGGCCACCAGCGGAAAGACAGACAAAUCGCCUCACGAUCAGGAAAUCAAGUUCUUCGCCAAGGUGCUGCUACCACUCAUAGACAUGUACUUUAAGAAUCACAGCAUGUACUUCCUGUCCUCGCCCAGUAAGAACCUGAGCAGCAGUGGCUACGCCUCUAACAAAGAGAAGGAGAUGAUCACCAGCCUGUUCUGUAAGAUGGCAGCUCUUGUCAGACACAGGAUUUCCCUCUUUGGGAGCGACUCGGCUAUUAUGGUGAGCUGUCUACACAUCCUGGCUCAUUCCCUCGACACAAGGACGGUGAUGAAGUCAGGCUCAGAGAUGGUGAAGGCUGGGGUCAGGACGUUAUUUGAGAAUGCAGCGGAGGACCUAGAGAAGACGCUGGAGAUGCUGAAGCUGGGAAAGUUCAGCCAGUCCCGGAGCCAGAUGAAGGGCUUGUCCCAGAACAUCACCUACGCCACCACCGCUCUGCUGCCCAUCCUCACAGCCCUGUUCGAACAUGUCACCAUGCACAACUUUGGAGUCUGCCUGCUGGUGGAUGAUGUCCAGCUGUCGUGCUAUCGCAUUGUGACGUGUCUCUACUCGUUGGGCACGGGGAAACACAUCUUCAUGGAGAGGCACCUACCAGCCCUAGGGGAGUGUCUGGCCACCCUGGUAGGAGCCAUGCCUGUAGCUUUCCUGGAGCCUGAUCUCAACGCUCACAACCCCCUGUCUGUCUUCAACACCAAGACACCGCGAGAGAGGGCCAUUUUGAGUAUGCCUGACUCUGUGGAGGAGAUGUGUUCAGAGAUGCCUCGUCUGGAUUGCCUGCUGAAGGACAUCAACGACAUCUCAGAGUCUGGAGCACGCUACACAGAGAUGCCACAGGUGAUUGAGGUGAUCCUGCCCAUGUUGUGUAACUACUUGUCCUAUUGGUGGGAGAGAGGAACAGAGAACUCUGCUCCACACACAGCCUGUUGCACCACCGUGUGCUCCCACCACCUCAGCAUCAUCUUGGGGAACAUCCUCAAGAUCCUCAACAACAACUUGGGCAUCGACGACGCUCCCUGGAUGAAGAGGAUCGCAGUCUACUCCCAGCCAAUCAUCUGUAAGGCUGCAGCGGACCUCUUGAAGAGUCACUUCCUGCCCACUCUAGAGAAACUCAGGAAGAAGACAGUCAAGGUGGUGGCAGAGGAGGAGCUUCUGAAGGCGGACAUUAAAGGAGACACUCAGGAAGCUGAGCUUCUCAUUCUGGAUGAGUUUGCUGUCCUCUGUAGAGACCUGUACGCCUUCUACCCAAUGCUCAUCCGCUACGUGGACAACAACAGGUCCAGAUGGUUGAAGAGGCCUGAUGCUCAGUCCAACCAGCUCUUCACCAUGGUGGCUGAGAUCUUCAUUCUCUGGUGCAAAUCACACAACUUCAAAAGGGAAGAGCAGAACUUUGUGGUUCAGAAUGAAAUCAACAACCUGUCUUUCUUGACUGGGGAACAUAAGACCAAGAUGUCCAAGGUAAGGAUGGAGCAGGAGUUAUCAGGUGGUGACCAGGAUAGGAAGCACAAGAAGCGCCGUGGAGAGUUAUACUCUGUCCAGACCUCUCUGAUCGUAGCCGCACUGAAGAAGAUGCUGCCCAUCGGACUCAACAUGUGCACCCCAGGAGACCAGGAGCUCAUCUCACUGGCUAAGAUAAGAUACAGUCUGAAAGACACAGACGAUGAGGUGAAGGAUCACUUGCGUGAGAACCUACAUCUUCAGGACAAGUCUGAUGACCUGGCAGUGCAGUGGCAGAUGAACCUGUAUAAGGAUGUGGUGGUGGUGGGGAGUGAGGAACAUGCAGACCCAGAACAAACUGUGGACAGAAUACAAAGCAUCUCCGCUGCAGUCUUCCACCUGGAGCAGGUGGAGCAGCCUCUGAGGAUGAAGAAGUGUGUGUUCCAGAAGCUGCUGUCCAAACAGCGUAAACGUGCCGUGGUGGCCUGCUUCCGUAUGGCUCCUCUCUACAACCUCCCCAGGCAUCGUUCUAUUAAUCUCUUCGUGUUGGGCUAUGUGAGACUAUGGAUAGAGACAGAGGAGUACUCCUUUGAGGAGAGGCUAGUGCAGGACCUAGCAAAAACCCCAAUGAAGAUUGUGGAGGAGGAGGAAGAGGAGGAGGUUGAGAUUCAGCCAGACCCUCUUCAUCAGCUUAUCCUUCACUUCAGCCACAACGCCCUCACAGAGAGAAGUUUCUUGGAAGAAGAUCCGUUAUAUAUUGCGUAUGCAGACAUGAUGGCAAAGAGUUGUGCAGAGGAUGAAGAGGAGGAAGAAGAGGAAGAGGGGAAAGAGAAGACAUUUGAGGAGAAGGAGAUGGAGAAACAGAAGAUCUUGUACCAGCAGGCCAGGCUCCACGCCCGCGGGGCUGCUGAGAUGGUGCUACAGAUGAUCAGCGCCAGUAAAGGUCGACUAGGUCCCAUGGUGACCUGCACCCUCAAACUGGGCAUCUCCAUCCUCAACGGAGGCAACGUACUGGUCCAGCAGAAAAUGCUGGAUUAUCUGAAAGAGAAAAGAGAUGCAGGCUUUUUCAAGAGUUUGUCAGGCCUCAUGCAGUCCUGCAGUGUCCUGGAUUUAAAUGCCUUUGAGAGACAGAACAAAGCGGAAGGUCUGGGGAUGGUGACAGAUGAAGGAUCCAUAGUGGUAGAUGAGCGGGGUUCCAAAGUGCUGACGAAUGAUGACUUCACCAAAGAUCUCUUCAGGUUUUUACAACUGCUCUGUGAGGGGCACAACGGGGAUUUCCAAAACUUCCUGAGAACACAAACAGGAAACACGUUGACAGUCAACAUUAUCAUCAGCACAGUGGACUACCUGCUACGCCUUCAGGAAUCUAUCAGUGACUUCUACUGGUAUUAUUCUGGGAAAGACAUUAUCGACGAGGCAGGGCAGGUCAACUUCUCCAAAGCCUUAGCUGUCGCAAAGCAGAUCUUCAACUCACUCACUGAGUACAUCCAGGGCCCAUGUAUUGGGAACCAGCAGAGUCUGGCCCACAGCAGACUGUGGGAUGCAGUGGUGGGAUUCCUGCAUGUGUUUGCCAACAUGCAGAUGAAGCUGUCCCAGGACUCGUGUCAGAUUGAGCUGCUCAAGGAGUUGAUGGAUCUUCAGCAGGACAUGGUGGUGAUGAUGCUGUCACUGCUGGAGGGCAACGUGGUGAAUGGAACGAUUGGAAAGCAGAUGGUGGACACUCUGGUGGAGUCCUCCAGCAAUGUAGAGAUGAUCCUCAAGUUCUUUGACAUGUUCCUCAAGAUCAAGGACCUGACCACCUCUGACAACUUCAGGGACUACGACCCCGAUAACAAGGGGGUGAUCUCCAAAAAAGAUUUCCAGAAGUCCAUGGAGAACCAGAAACAGUACACCCAGUCGGAGAUCGAGUUCCUGCUCUCCUGUGCCGAGGCUGAUGAGAACGACAUGUUCAACUACGAGGAGUUUGUGGAGCGGUUCCACGAGCCAGCCAAAGACAUUGGCUUCAAUAUAGCCGUGCUGCUCACUAACCUCUCUGAGCACAUGCCUCACGACCCCCGUCUAGCCACCUUCCUGGAACCGGCCGAGAGCGUGCUGAACUACUUUGAGCCAUAUCUGGGCCGCAUCGAGAUCAUGGGCGGAGGGAAGCGCAUCGAGAGGGUCUACUUUGAGAUCAGCGAGUCCAGCCGCACGCAGUGGGAGAAGCCACAGGUCAAAGAGUCCAAGAGACAGUUCAUCUUUGACGUGGUCAACGAGGGUGGAGAGAGCGAGAAGAUGGAGAUGUUUGUGAACUUCUGCGAAGACACCAUCUUUGAGAUGCAGCUGGCAUCUCAGAUCUCGGAGCCAGAAGUGGCGGAGCGCCCGGAGGAGGAAGAGGAGGAGGUGCACAACCUUCUAGAAGAGCUGGCUGAGCAAGAAGAGGAGAGAGAGCUGGAGGCUUCCUCGGCUUUCACCAUGGUCUGCGUCUCCGCCAAGAAGAAGAUCUCCAACUUCAGAGAGAUGCUGACCUUCAAGAGCCUCAAGAAGCAGUACAAGAAGUUCAAGAAGCUGAGCAUGAAGGAGGUGACCCUUGGGUUCUUCUCCUUCUUCUGGACGCUCUUCGCAGGGUUCUUCAAGGGGAUCUACAGCCUCAUCUUCGGAUUCUUCCACCUCAUCUGGUCAUCCAUGUUCGGAGGCGGCCUCGUCGAAGGAGCCAAGAACAUGAAGGUGACAGACAUAUUGGGCAACAUGCCCGAUCCCACCCAGUUCGGUAUCCACGGCGACGUGCUGGAGACUGAGAAGGCGGAGGUCAGUGAUUCGGUGUCGGGCGGAACAGACCAGGCCAUCAAACCGUCGGACAAGGCAGAGCAGGACAUCUUAAUGGAGAUGAUUAAUCCGACGCCAAAGAAAGGGGAAGGGUUAAAACAUGUUGAUCCUGGACUGGGAGACGUCUCUGAGAAUCUGACCGCUGAGACCACUGCCACUGUGGAGAAGAAGAAGGCUGCUUCUGAACCAACGGAGCCGGAACCAGAGAAAGCAGACUCUCUAACAGAUGUCAGAGGUAUUUGCUGGUGUCAGAUUGAUAACAGAUCGGCGGCCAUCUUGUGUUCUCACAGCACAGAGAAGAAGGAAAAGGAAGACAAGGUCAAGGCGGAGCAGCCUAAAGAGGAAGUGGCUCAGGAUAAGCCCGUUCCCAAGUCCAGAAACGGCCAAUCAAAGGAGGCUCCUACUUCCUUCUUUGCCAGCUUCUUGGCUGGGCUGGAGGUCUACCAGGCCAAGAUGCUGAACACGCUGGCUCGCAACUUCUACAACAUGCGUUUCCUGGCUCUGUUUGUGGCGUUUGCCAUCAACUUCAUUCUACUGUUCUACAGGGUGACUGCUGCUGAGGAUGAUGAGGAUGACUCUUGGACUAGUUCUGAUGAUGAUGAUGAUGAAGGUGGUGAGGAGUACUUUGUCCUGGAGGAGAGUACAGGCUACAUGGCUCCUAUUCUGUGUAUCCUGGCUGUGUUCCACACCGCCCUCUCUAUCCUCUGUUUGGUUGGCUACUACUUUCUCAAGGUGCCUCUGGUGGUGUUUAAGAGAGAGAAGGGGAUCGCCAGGCUGUUGGAGUUUGAAGGUCUCUACAUCACAGAGCAGCCGGCAGACGAUGACAUCACGGGACAGUGGGACCGCCUCGUCAUCAACACCCCAUCCUUCCCCAAUAACUACUGGGACAAGUUUAUCAAACGGAAGGUCAUUAAUAAGUAUGGAGACCUGUAUGGUGCUGAGCGGAUAGCUGAGCUGUUGGGACUGGAUAAGACCGCCCUGGACUUUGACCCGACUCAGGAGACCGUGGUGGAGGCGGCUUCUCUUGUAUCCUGGUUGAGCUCUAUCGACACCAAGUACCACAUCUGGAAAAUGGGAGUGGUGCUGACUGAUAACUCAUUCCUGUACCUGAUCUGGUACGCCACCAUGUCCAUCCUGGGGCACUAUAACAACUUCUUCUUCGCUGCCCAUCUGCUGGACAUCGCCAUGGGCUUCAAGACCCUCCGGACCAUCCUGUCCUCCGUCACUCACAACGGAAAACAGUUGGUGCUGACUGUAGGUCUGUUGGCGGUGGUGGUGUAUCUGUACACUGUGGUGGCCUUCAACUUCUUCAGGAAGUUCUACAACAAGAGCGAGGACGAGGACGCACCUGAUAUGAAGUGUGACGACAUGAUGACUUGCUAUCUGUUCCACCUGUACGCGGGGGUGCGGGCCGGCGGUGGUAUCGGGGAUGAGCUGGAGGACCCGGCCGGAGACCCCUACGAGCUGUGGCGUAUCCUCUUUGACAUCACCUUCUUCUUCUUUGUCAUCGUCAUCCUCCUGGCCAUCAUCCAGGGUUUGAUUAUUGAUGCGUUUGGGGAACUGAGAGACCAGCAGGAGCAGGUGAAGGAGGAUAUGGAGACUAAAUGCUUCAUCUGUGGUAUUGGAAAUGACUACUUUGACACGACACCCCACGGCUUUGAGACCCACACCUUACAAGAGCACAACCUGGCCAACUACCUCUUCUUCCUGAUGUACCUCAUCAACAAGGACGAGACUGAACACACUGGUCAGGAGUCGUAUGUGUGGAAGAUGUACCAGGAGAGAUGCUGGGACUUCUUCCCUGCUGGGGACUGUUUCAGGAAGCAGUAUGAGGACCUGCUUGGGUAG